GCGGCGCUCGGGGACGCCGGGCAGCGCGCGCGCGCCGCCGCCACCCUCGCCCAGCGCCGCCUGGUGGAGCCUGCGGCGGAGCUGGCGCUCCAAGCGGCGGACCACCUGGCGCACGCCUUCUUCGAGCUCAGCAGCCGCUUCAGAGAGUUGUCGAAGACCAUAGUAGAUUACGUCAUGGAAGUCAAGGAACUGCGGGCAAUGCAGGAAUUGUGUACGGAAACAGUAAUGUGGCUGGACGGACCAUUCCGAUUGAGCAUUGCACGAUUAUUUGAAACAAUUGAGAACGUGGCCGUGCUGGUGCUGGACGACCUGCAGGAGAGCGUGCGGCUGCUGUGGGAGCGCGUGCAGCAGGCGGCGCCCGCCCUCUCGCCCACCGUGCGCGAGCUCUAUCAACAGGUGAGCCAGGCGUGGAGCCAGCAGCGCCGCGCGCUGCGCCCGGAGAAGGGGGAGGUGGUGCUGGAACAGCCGCUGCCCGUGGACUGGGAGGGCUUCGACCGCGCGCCGCGCUUCGACCAGCUGCGCCAGCUGGGCGCCGGCCCCGGCGCCGGCCCCGCCCACGCGCAGCGACAGGAUGCCAAGGAGCGACUACUCUACACGCUGAAGGAGCUGACGGCGCAGUCGCCGCGCGCGCUGGCGGAGCGCGCGCUGUCGCACAGCCUGCCGGCCUUCUCGGCCGUGGGCCAGCUGCUGGGCGCGCGCCACGUCCGCUCCUUCACCAUCGCCACGCCCUACCACGCCGUGCACGUGUCGGCUGAGUACGCGGUGCGCGUGGACGGGCGGCCGCUGGCGCUGCCGGCGCGCGCCACGCCCUUCCUGGCCGUGCGGCGCUCAGAGCAGGCCCUGGAGGUGGCGGCGCCCGGCUUCGUCUUCCGCUGCCGCGUCGACCGCCACGCGUGCAGCGUGCGCGUGUCCAGCUGGCAGCUGGGGCGCGUGCGCGGCCUGCUCGGCUCCUUCGACCGCGAGCGCUCCCGGGACCUGGAGCUGCUGGAGGGCGCGGACGCCGGGGCGCUCGGCCCCGCCCACCUCGCCCACCCAGCCGACGCCUGGCGCGUGGGGCGAUGCCGCGAUGACGGACGCGCGCCCCCGCCCCCACCGCCCCCGCGCGCGCACGACUCGCCCGCCUGCAAG